AUCAACGAGACCAAAUUGAGUUUGUUAAUGUUGUUAUCUAUGAUGGUUCCAUUUGCUGUUGACGAUUUGUUUGACUAUACAUAUAAGAAGUACUCGUUUCAUCCACAUGCAGUGGCUCACAAUAAUUAACCGGCGAAAAUUUGUCACAGUGGGCCGCGAAAUGUCCUAAUUCUUAUAUUAUUUAUUCAGCCUUUCAUCAUUUGACCAAAAAUGAUUAAUUAGCUUAGUUCAACGUUAACCGCUUUUGUGUAUGUCGGUUUGCCUCGGCGCGAUGAUAACCUUUUGAAUGGGUGAUAGUUAGGACGUGAUUUUGCGACUACCCACUUAAUUAUCUUCGUAUUCACCCGAAAAAUUAUGAGCUUCGAAAUUAAUAUCUAUAAAGCAUAUAUACAGUGAAAGGAAGGCAAUGUGUUUACAUUAGUUAGAUUUGGUUGAUCUAAAGUAAUGGUUGACAUCUGCUAUUGGACGCGACCGGGGAGUGUACCAUUUCCUAACAUUUGGCGGAAGUUUAAGGGGAAAAAGGAAUUGAACGGUAUAGUGCCGUCAUUUUGGGUGCAGGAUAUACCGGAAGAUGAAUUUGAAAAUGUUACUAGUUGCAUGGUGCGGUAUUUCUGCAGAGAAGAACCCGUUACCAAACAUUCAGAUUUCAAUAAUGAGCCUGAAUCCGUACAGUGUAGGAAAAAAUUAUGGGAUAUAACAUUAGCUCAACGGAUGGGGCUGAUAUGUUACAUGGAAAACCCAAAUCCGAAUGGAAAACCGAUAUUUGCAGCUGUGAACUGUACAUACGUACAGACGAAAUACGACCCGCAAUUUAAAUUAACAGGUAAAACCAUGAACGACUUUGGACACAUAAGAAAGUUACUAACUCAAGAAAAUGAUCCCUUUGAAACAUUAGAAACGGAUGUCCUGCUGUGCGCAUUGGGCAUGUACGUCUUUCGGGAAUUUAGAGGGCAAGAUCUAGGAUUACAACUCUUAUUGGCGCGGGAAAAUAUAUGCAGAGCGUGCGACAUUACAGCGACCGGUACAGUAUUCACCUCCACUAUCUCACAGGAGUUGGCCCACAAAGCAGGAUAUAAAACGUUAUCCGAAAUUUCGUACCGAGAUUUAAGAGACAUUUAUAAGUACGACUAUCCCGGAAUAGAAGAAAAUCAUAAAAGCGUGAAGUACAUGUACAAAGUGUUCUGAUGCUGUUACAAUAUUCUAUAAUAUAGCAUACACCAAUAAUUAUUGGUCUGGUCUAUGAAUGUAGCUAUAUAAGAUUUAAUCCAGCAGUAGGGGUUGGGGUGAUCACACACAAACUUUCGAAUUUUCCUAUACACAAUAUCACGAUGGUACUUUGUAUCAAUAUACAUGGGUCUCAAGUCUAUAGGUAUAUACAAUUUUGUAUUAUUUCUGUUACUUUCUAUUACUGUUUUCAUACGGUGAUUUUGUGUUAUUCAACUUUUUGCAAUGAAACUCCGACAUCACGCAUAUACCUACUAGCGGCAGUAAAAUCCGAAAACUUUUCAUGUGUCAUGUUUUAUUUUUUGCUAUAAGAGCAAAACAAUUAUUUUUAAGUGUAUUCGGUAAUGGUGGGUUUAUGACUCGGCUUAUGCAAUUAUUAUCACAAGUUCACUACUAACAUAACCAAUAGAAACAAAGGUAUGGUUUCGUUGGUUAGCGACACACAAAAAACCUUUGCUUCUAUAAUAUUCUUCUCAGAUUAAUGCCCGUUUGCACCCGACAAAUUUAAGCGGAGCUUAGCUUAAAGCGUCCCUUAAAAUCCAU